ACUGCUCCUGCUUACAGUGACACAGUGAGCAGUGAGUUUUGACCCGCCUAGAAAUGAAAAGUACAGUGCACACGCUGGCUGCUGUCUCGUCUCCUCUGUGGUUUACUUUAAAGAAGCAAUGAAGGACAUACUUUUAACGCUGGUUCUGCUGUGUGCCCACACCAUUAAGGUCUGGUCUCAACCUUAUAAGGCAGUAAAUGGAAACUGUAACAAUAGGACUACAGAGUACUUGAUUGGUGACCGCUGCUGUAAGAAGUGUCUCCCUGGGUAUCGACUGAACAAAGAAUGCACUGAAACUACUGAUAGUGUGUGUGAACCAUGUCCUGCCGACCAGCAUCAGGAGAACUUUAACUUCAACCGAAACUGUUUCGGCUGUAACAAAUGCAAAGCAGAUAAAGGUUUACAGUAUGUGCAGAACUGCUCCUCUACAACAAAGGCCAUGUGCACAUGCCAACCUGGGAAGUACUGCAUCCUCAGAUCCGCCAACACACUCUGCUCAGACUGUAAAAAGUACAAAACAUGCAAACCUGGUUUUGGAGUCUCUGUGCAAGGUACAUUAAUAUUAGAUAUGAAGUGUGUACCAUGUCCCAAAGGCACAUUCUCUGACACAGCCUCCUCCACCGACCCCUGUCGGCCCCACACAGACUGCAAUGGGGCGGCUGCUCUUAGAAAAGGCAAUGCUACUUCAGACACCGUGUGUGAACUGCAACUUCACACCAAGACUGUGCGUACAACUGCAAGCACAAGCACGACCACAGCCAUACCAAGCUCACGCCCGGCAGCUCCGCUAAGAAGCACCGUGCAGUCUGUCCAGCCCUCGGUUUCAGAGGAACCCUUCACCCAUUUAACAAAAAGCCCACCGCCAAAGCUUUACAGUAAACAAGUUGGAGUCAUUACUGGUGUAAUUGGAUUCCUUGUCAUCAUAAUCGCCUUCAUCCUUAUACUGUUAUGUCUUCAUAAAAAAAUCUGUGAGCAACGUGAAGACACUACAAGACUACAAGAUACUAAGGUGGAUGCAAACGGAAACUGUAAAACUGCUGAUGAUAACUGUAUUGCAGAAUUUCAGCUGACUUCAUCCACAGCUGAAUCACAAGAAAAUCAGCGUCUGCUAGAGAAAAGGGAACCCAGCAGUAAUCACAGCCAGUGUGCAACCAAUACCGACACUUUAACUAGAACUGAACUAGAACGAGACCCAUUACAACCCACUUUGGGUCUUGUCAGUCCAUCAUCCAAUCUGUCCGAGCCCAUGACUUUAAUGUCCAACAUAGAAUCUACUGUGCCGCAGCCCAGCAUCCAAACACAGAGUUCCUCUCAGCCCAGCAGCCCACAGAUCGUCACCCCAGUGACUACCAGUCCACAUGUCAAUGUUAACAUCACUUUGCACAUAGGAAAUGGGUCUUGUAGGACACCAGCUUUCAUCCCCACUGACUUGAUGCAAGCUAACGAUAAGCUUCCCUUUGGAGAGGAAGAGGAAUCCUUUAGCACCCCACAGCAAGAAGAUGGCAAACAGUCACUAAUGUCAGUGCAGGAGAGUUCCAGUUACUGCACCGAGCACACAGAGCAAGAGUCAUAUCCAUGAAAUACAGAUGUUAUGAUAUGAGCCAAGGCUCGCUAAAUGAAUGUACUUGCACUGUAGAUAAGAUAUACUUUUUUAUAUGAAAAACUUUCCAUUUUUAAGAGAUAAACUGUUACUUUUUGUUUAUAUGUGUGUAUAUAUAUAUAUAUGU